AUGGAGGAUCACAUCGAUGACUCCGUAGGCGGUCCAUCAUUAUCUGGGGCUGCCCAGUUCCUCAGCUCGUUUGCUGGCGGCGAAACAAUAUCAAGAGCCACGUCGCCCGGUGUACCAUCCGCAGAAGAUGCCAGCGAUACUAGCAAACGCUACCGACCGAGAACGUUUUCGUACUUCGAGUUACUGCCAUACCCCGUAGAAGAGGAGGCACAACGCGACGCCGCGCUCCAGGGCAUCCUGAAGCAGCUCUAUAUUGCCAUCAAGGCGGAAGACUUUUCCCCAGGUGCUACUCACUGGACAAGACAAUUGCAAUCAUGGCUGAAUCUAAAGUUUGAUAUGCCAAGGGAGCUGCGUGCGAACCUUGCGCAACUUUAUUUCCACCUCUCGCUGGCCCCUGGCCUCGACGGCAGCACCGCCGAUCGGUUCUCCAGGAUGGUCUCCGUCCUGGCCAAGAGGAAGCACCUUCUGAAACCAAUUCAGGAUCUGACGCUGGAUUGGAAGCCCAUUUGGAAGGAGAUCAAAUCUCUAGUGCUUCCUGGCGAGGCACCAGCGCACCACUCUUCUAGAAGGAGAGCACUGAAGCACAUGUGGAAGCUGUGCCUGCAGGCAUCCAUUUACUUUGAUCCUCGUGAAAGACGGGCAAUGCUGGACGAGAUCUUGCCGUUCUUCAGUACUUCAGAUCUACAAAAUGCAUACAUUGUUGUUGGAGCACUCAAUAUAUUGCUGCCAACGACGCCUUGCCCCCCUACGGAACCACAGUCGCAACCAUCAGAUUUUGUUCCCACCUUCUUCCACCUCUGGUCUCUCAAUACCAGAAGCAAGGUUUUUGACAAUGCUUUCCUCGAUAUCUUCUCGCGAAUGGCAAGAGACUACCUAUCGUGCCAGCAUGUUCCUUUUUCGGAGCAUGGUAUUUACACUCGCGAGCAAUCCGACCUGAUAUUCACUGCCAUUCUACGCCUGACUGAGAUUCCAGUGGGCCAGGCCAACUCGCCUUACACAAACUUGGACUAUUCCUCCGGUUUGGGCCUCUUCCUGGAAAAGGAUAAGAAAAAGUACCCCAUAUCCUAUACCAUCUCUCGUUUCAUCGUCUCUUCUCUGUCUCCCAUGUGCUUGGACAAGGAGAGCUCAAUACUGAACAGCCUUGAAGGGUUGAUGGAAGCUAUCGAUACAUUCUUCCAUCCGUCCAACCAAGGCGCUUGGACGCAGAUGCUUGCACAGCUGACUUUCUAUCUCACCGAUAUGUUUGUGUCAAGGUGGAAUAAGGAGCAAAAGGGGGAACAAGACACUCCAGCAGACCGUCGUCUGACUGAUGAGCUGAAGAAGCGCUUCGUGCUAAGUCUACGAGAAGUCACCUUUAUGGGUUUGUUUGGAAAAAGUACCAAGAUUACCAACAUGUACUUUGGCUCUCUUCAGAAUCUGACCUACCUUGAGCCUGAUUUGAUGCUACCCGGUGCUUUGCAGAGAUUCUACCCCAGUUUGCAAGGAUUGGUUGAAGUGCAUCGAACCACUUCUAGUCUGUGUGGUCUGCAGAUGAUUGCAAACAUUAUGUCCAAGCAGAAGGGCUUCCGCUGCCACAUUACUGCUCUUCUUGCCCUUGCGCUUCCAGGAAUCGAUGCCAACGACCUCAACAAGACACAAUACACGCUCAACUUCAUCCAAAGCGUUGCAUACAGUAUCCCCUUUGUAAACUUGACUCUGGAGAAUUCAGGUAUUCAUGACACGACCCUCGCCAUGCAAUGGGUGCAGGGUGAAAUGGAACGCAUGGAACACGAGGGACAGGAAGUCAAGAUUGACUACCACAGCGAGUUGUCGGACGAAGAUGAGGCAAACAUUGUUCGCUCAUCCACCGCUGGCUUUGGCGAAUUCGUCAUUGCACUGCUUGGCAAGGUCUUCACGCUACUUGAAAAUCUGCCCGACUCCUCAUAUCUCCGAACUGGGUCUCCAGAAGAUAACAUCAUCAACACCCUUCCUGCAGCGUUGACGCCGUUGUUCGCCUCAUUGUCACCUGAGCUCUUUGAUAUUGCUCUGGACAAACUAUCAACGUUUGUUUCGACACACGUCGUACACCAAGCUCGCGACAGUAUGGCCUGGAUUUGCAAUGCUCUGUGCAAGGUUAAUCCGGAAAAGACAUUGAAAGUGUUCCUUCCCAUGUUGAUCGUCAAUAUUCGCAAUGAGAUUGACUACAACGGUGCAGCGUCUGAUCGCAGUAACGGCACUGAAGUCCUCCCACGAGACCGAGCACUAGUAUGGCAUGUCAGCAUUUUGAGUAUGUGCGUUGUACACGUAGGUGGCGAGGUCCUCAAGUACAAGAAGCAACUAUUCGAAGUUGCUCAGUACAUGCAAGAGAAAUGCCGAGGCUUGCCAACUCUUCACAUAAGCAACUUCAUUCAUCACUUACUCCUCAACCUGACCCAUACGUACCCCAUUGACAAUGCCCUAUACGAGCCUGAUGUCGUCAAGAGAGGACUGGACGUGGACGACUGGGGUCGCGGGACCGCUCCCGCCGACCUCACAAUCAAAUGGCAUCGAGCUACUCCUGAAGAAAUUCAGUUCGCCGUCGAGGUAUUCCAGGCUCAGGCUGAGGGUGCCAUGCAGAGACUUGAAUCGUUGAUGAGCGACGACCCGCCGGUUAGUCGAAGUGGCAAGAACAAGGAGUGGUCGGAUGAGGUUUCGCGUCAACUCAGCCAGAUACGGCUUGUCAUUUCAGGCAUUGCUACGUUGUUUGACCCGAAACGUGCUUCUGGCGAGCUCAACGGUCACGUCAAUGGCGACGAAGAGAUGAGGGAUGCUGAGGAAGAGGAAGAUCCUCUGGCCGAGGUCGGCGAGGACGACGAAACACGCCCUCAAUACAAAUACCAGAGUGGAUAUCUGCUCAGCCCGGCAGAUCCCCUCUAUAUCCGCAUCCACGAUGUCCGCGACAACAUCGGACACCUGCUUUCUCGUAUACACUCAUUCCUCAACUCACACCAAGCAGAUGAUGUGGCAUGCUUCACUGCCCUCUACUCCACAUACAGAAUGUGGAUCACCGACGUGGGCUUUGAGCGGUCUGCGCAUCCUCUUGAACGCCUGGUGAGGUUGUACAAGGCAGACGUUGGCCCUUUCAAGAUCAGUGCUCUCCGCAAGGCUUACCCACGACCCUUGCUUAUAAAACGAGCUGAUGCCUAUCACCUCCAAAGGGUGAAGCACAAUGCCUCUGUCAGAAACAAAAGCGAGCUUGACAUACGACUCCUCUUGGACCUGGCCGAGUCGUGCAUCUCACCAUAUGCCGACGUGCGCAAGGUCGCGCAGAGCGCUCAAGAUGCGUCACUCAAGGUUCUCAUUGGUGGUAGGCCCCUCGUGAUCCCCGUGAUACUAGAGAGGUUUCGCAAAGCUUUGGCCGAAGUCGACCAUGACCGCAUCAAGGGCUCCAUGUAUACGCUCUUCUCCACGAGUUUGUUGAAGACAUUGAUCAGGGACUGGAGGUUCGCCCCGGAUCUCAUGCGCUUGUACAUUCAGGCCGCUGGGGUGGACAAGACUUCGAUUCAGCACCUUGGCUCGAGCGCGCUCUACCACUUGAUAGAGUUUGGCAAGCGUUUUGAGCUCAUGGUUCUGGUCGAUGAGGCUUUGGUCGAUUUUAUCCGACCAUCCGAAGAUUGCUCGCAGGUAAUCCAGUCGCGCCACAACUUCAUCCUUGAACGCAGGAAGAAGGUUGAAGCCAAGAAGGCCGAGCUGGGCAUCGAAUUGGUCAGGAUGGCCAAGAACGCGCAUUGGAAAACGGCCAGCAGAUGUGCCAUCUUCUCAACAAAUCUCUGCUUGCGAUUUGACUCUGUUGCGCCAGCAGAGUUUAUUGAGCUGGCGGUCACAGGCGCCAACGAUCCGCACCCCGGCCUUCGUACAGGGUACAUUACGGCGUUCUCAAACAUAUUCACCGUGAUCGACCAGCGGGCAGUCUACAAUCACUCUUACCGCGACUACCUUGAGGAGAAGGAGAAAGACUCUAACAAGGUCGUGGUGGAUGUUCCACGAGGUGACGCGGCGUACACUGAGAGAUUCCUCGACCAGUUCACACAUCCCGAAAACGCCGAAUACUACGUGGAUACCGAUCAUGUUGGCUGGCUCGUUUGGGGCAAGCAAUUCAAUGCUUCCAGAGCGAAACCGACUCGAUUUGAUGAUUAUGAUGAAGUCGAGAAGAGAGUUCGCAAGCAGAUUGGUGAUAUGCUCGACAGAGAAUGGCUCAAGAAGUGUUUUGGUUAUCUCAAGCAGGAACCUCGUGACACUUCGGCCGAUAGAUUCAGAAGUCAAAACGUCAUCCUUUUGAUGCACGUUUUUGACCUCAUGAACUACGGACAGACCGUGUUGACAUUUGAGGACGUCAAGGAGCUCACGAUGGAGCUGUACGGAGACGGCUCUGACAAGCAUCAACACCGGGCGACAGCAGAAAUCAUCGGCGCUCUCCUGGCUGGCUCUGCUGAUGACCCAAUCGAGAUGCGUGACCAGGCAUGGGGCUUUGCCCAGCCUCUAAUGCUCAAGAUCUUUGCCGACAGUCUCACGCCAGAGAACUUGAGCUACUGGAGCACUUGCUUGCACUUCAUCAUUGAUACCAAAGACCCUCGCCGUGCACAUGAGCUGGUAGAAAGCCUCAGCUCAUUCCGACUCGACAUGACCUCAAAUGCAGCCUUCAAGGAAUCCUCCAAGGUCCUCCUCUUGGAGAUCCUCAUUAACGACUGUGGAUGGCAUUUCCGCCGAGAGAAGCCGAUCCUGGAUGACUUUCUUGCUCAUAUUGAUCACCCCUACAAAUCCGUGCGGGAAUCCAUUGGUAGGGUCAUUGCAACCAUCUAUCGGACGCGGUAUCAUGAAUCGUUUGAGAAUGUGUCGACACUUCUCGAAAAGAACAAGGCAGAGUCGGCAAUCGGAGUUCGGCCUUACCAACCUACGGAAGAAUUCUCGUCGACAAUCAAGGAUGUAUUUGGUCGCCUCGAGAAGUGGAGACACGAGCGCGAACCCGGCCAGCAAACACCUUCAUCGUACACAUCUGGCUCAAAGACCGUUUUGACAUGGCUAGACAGCACAUUGUCAUCCCAGGAGUGUACACAGCUGGUGUCAUUCUUCCCAGAGCCCUUUAUGGACCAGCUGCUCCAUAUGAUGGACGUGAAGGAGGACCCGGAGUUGAUGCGAUUGGCAUAUCAUGUGUAUCGCCAUCUUCCCAACAUCCCGUUCCGCUCUGGCGAAGAUGAUGCCUUCAUCAACGCUCUGAUCCGCAUCGGGAAGGGUGCUACUUCUUGGCAUCAGCGUCUACGCGCUCUCGUCAAUAUGCAAGUGAUUUACUUUCGACGUUUGUUCUUGUCGCGUCCUGCACAGCGCGAGUUACUCUUUGAUGGUGUUGGCGACAUGCUUGCAGAUUCACAGCUCGAGGUCCGUACCGUGGCUGGGGCUACUCUUGCAGGAAUGAUCCGGUGUUCGCCCGCGGCGAUUCGUAACCCCAUUAUAGAGACAUUGAAGAAGCGAUUUACGGCGCAGCUAGACAAGAAUCCCAUGCCCAAGAAGAAACUGCCGGGGACAGAUACCCCAGUCAAUAUGACACAGCAGAUUGUCCGAAGACACGCUGCUGUGCUCGGACUGGGAUCGCUCAUUGAGGCGUUCCCGUACGCAACACCACCGCCCGCAUGGAUGCCUGAAGUGCUUGCUCUCCUCGCCAGAAGAGCAGCCAGUGACCCUGGUAUUGUGGGCAAGGCGACAAAGAGCAUUCUGAGUGAAUUCAAGAAGACGAGACAGGACAGCUGGGGAGUUGACCAAAAGUACUUUACCUCUGAACAGCUGGAGGAUCUGGAGGGUGUGUUAUGGAAGAGCUAUUUUGCAUAA